AUGACUCCGCUUCACACAAACCAGAAGAUGCUGUGGUCUCCAGUCAACAUCCAGAAAGCUGCUGGGAUGCACACGUCGAACAGGAAAGUCCUGGUGCUGGUCUUGAUGCUGCUGCUGUCUCAACUGACCUGUGACGCUCACAGCAUGUCUGACUGCUGCAGACAGCCGUCUCGCUCCUGUCGCCUCUACGUGUUGCUGUGCCGCACCGGAAGCAAGACCAUGGGGGGAUCUCUCACCGGAGACGCUGCUGCCGGCAUCCUCACCCUGGGCAAACGGACGGAGGAAGAGCACCGCUUGCACAGCCGACUCCAUCACCUCCUGCAGGUGUCCAGGAACCAGGCGGCAGGGAUCCUGACUAUGGGGAAGAGGACAGAGGAGAGGGCCGGAGAGCCGUACAUGAACUGGAUGGCUCGGUCAGGAACCAGCAUCACAACAUCCCUCCCUGUGUGAAGGCAUACUUAUACCUCAUGGUACAAAUAAACUCGGACACUGUUCAAAUGUAGGAAGUCAAAUCACACUUAUUUUGUGAGAGGUAUUUAAUAAAAAUUGUACAUGUUUUUGCUUAUGGGGAAAGUUGAUUUUUUGCAUUUUCCUUUUG